GAAGUAGCAAAAAAUGAUGUAACUGAAGGAGAAAACUCCAAACAAAGAGUGAAACCACACUUGCUCUGUUUCUAUUCCAAAAUCCAAAACAGAGAAAAGACAGAGACUAUAAAGCACAAGAGAGAAAGAGAAAGUAAAGUAACAGAAGAGAACCGCUAUUCAUUUUCUGCUCAAAGCUUCCACCUAUCCUAAACCCCAAAAAGAAUUGAAAACAGAAUGGAAAAACUUCAAUUGAGCUUCGGUUGUUUGUAAAAAAAAAUUCUUGAAGAAAAUCUUUAUAUGUUGUUGAUUCCUGCGUAAAAACAAACAGUUGGCAAGUUGCCCAUUUGUGUUGUUUUAUUUCAAGGUACGUCUUUCAAUUUGGGAGAGCUUGUGAGAAGCUGCGUCAUGGCGUCCUCGGUACAUGAUCAUUCAGAUAAUAGCGAGAAUGAACAGCCACGAGAGCAGUCAGAGGUGCAAAGCCAGUCUUCAUCCCCUGCAGCUGAAUUGUCCAUUCCUGGGACUGUGCCACCAGACAUGCACUACUUGAUGCCUGCUCAACUUGGAAAUGCAAAUGCUAUGGCGCAAACAGCUUAUCCUUACCCAGAUCCUUACUGCAGGAGCAUCUUUGCACCCUAUGACGUGCAGCCUUACCCUGCACAACCGUAUCCAGCACAGUCAAUGGUUCAACUUCAGUUGAUGGGAAUUCAACAAGCUGGUGUUCCUCUGCCAUCAGAUGCUGCAGAAGAACCUGUUUUCGUUAAUGCAAAACAGUAUCAUGGCAUCUUGAGGCGUCGACAAUCUCGUGCAAAAGCUGAAUCAGAAAAUAAACUUCUGAAAGCUAGGAAGCCCUACUUGCAUGAAUCUCGGCAUUUGCAUGCACUAAGAAGAGCUAGAGGAUGUGGGGGUCGAUUUAUGACUGCAAAGAAGAACGACGAAUCUGGUGAUAAGUCGAAGGCAAACAUCAAUACUGACUCCAACAAGAUUGAGGUUACUUCUUCAGAAAAUGCUUCUUGAAUCAUGGCGGGCAGUUCUGUUUUGAGGACUUCAUGGGACUAGACACUGGAAGAACUGUGUACAUUCAUUGACAGUUAAAAGCUAUGGUAGUUGGGCAAGUUCAGGCAGGUUAUGAUCCGUAACAUUAUCUCAGUAUGAAAAUAUCAGGAGUGGAUCUUAUGGAGUUGCAAGGCUAGCAGCUGGACGUGUAUUUUCAAGAUGCUGUUCAAAGUCUUCUUUCUGAGCUCGGUUUUAGAUAUUCCUUUUUUCUUUUGUAAUUACUUUUAGCCGUUCUUUGCGCUAGAAUUUUGAUAGCUUUUGGAGCACAUCGUGUCAGAAGAUAAUGGUCAUUAGCUAUAACAUGUAAGUGGACGUUUUUCUUUUAAGUUAGGAAGAUAAGCUAGCAGCAGUGCAGGUCCUUUCAUUCUCAUUGUCUAGGAUCAAUGCAUUCUCUUUGUCAA